CCCGUCGCCCCCAUAUGCACAUGCACCUGGCUGGCCGCUGCUUAUGGUCUAGAGAUGGCCGCCCCUCGCCGUCGCCUUGACCACGCGAUCGCUCGUGGCCACCACCACUACCACCACCAAUACUGCUACUGCUACGUGUACAAACACUCUCCCCACGGUAUGCACCCCAACAGCCCUGGCCAUGCUCCCGCAACGGUCGCCUUGCCCAUCCGCUCCCGUCCCGCCCUGCACCCUACGCGCUGCAUCAACCUGAUACUCACUCGUCAUUUCCAUUGCCCGCGCCUCCCAUGUCUGCUGACGCCCUCGUCUAGAGCCGUUGGAUCCCAGGUAAUUUCAUGUUAAUUUCAAAAGAUCCGCCGCUAUCCCUUCUUCCGUGCAAUUUGCCCACCAAAAGCGCUCAUGGAAUUAUUAUUUUUUCAUCGCCCAGUCAACAAAGGCGAUGCAUUCGACCUGCGCAGCAUUUGUCAGCUGUUC